GUAGAAACUGGAUUAUUAGCGCUUACUCUACUAUAAGCAUAUCUUUAUUUUAAGCGCAUGCUCAACUGCAGGCUUUUUAUACUCGAAUUGUAGCGCUUUUCUAAUUACGCGAAGGUUAUUAGUGAAAUUUCAUUGUUUAUCUAGAAGGUAGUUAGCUUAACGCUUGUACAGUGCAUGAUAUAGCUAUAUAGCUGGUGAUAUCCAUCUGGAAGGACUCUCUGGGCAUGCUAGCUGUUACCUUAAUUGUCUGAUCAUGCUGAGAGAAUGUGAGACAUGGAUGAGGUCCUUUUAUUCCAAGUUCCUGGUCAAUAUGAAUGUUUUUAUAAAUUAAAUGAUGUAAAAUGAACUGUAAAAUGAACUGUAACAUAAUAGUACGAUAUAGAUCCAGUUAUAGGGUUGCCUGCUUGCCUUGCUUGCUCACUUUCUAGCCAGCUUGCGAGUCAGCUCUCAUCACAGAGACAUCUUAGUUACUGGCUGGGGCUCGAAAUGAUAGGCGCAUUCUCGAAUAUAAGCGUAUAGAGCUCUGCUAUUGACCCCAAAAGCGCAUGCGCUAAUAAUCCAGUUUCCACGGUAUCUGUUAUAUUUAUAACGUAGAAUGUAUACAUGUACUGUUGUCAGCAGUGAUGUACCUAGGAGUUUUGAAAUGGUGGCUAUUUUUCAAUGCUCAAUCUGUGUACUGUGUACUGGUAUACAUACAUACUGGGAUAGGUGUACAUACUGGGCAGUGUAGGUGUGCAUACUGGGAUAGGUGUGCAUACUGGGCAGUGUAGGUGUGCAUACUGGGAUAGGUGUACAUACUGGGCAGUGUAGGUGUGCAUACUGGGAUAGGUGUGCAUAGGGCUCAUCAGUUCUCACGGUUAAUUGUCUCUGUAGGUUGAAGAAUUUGCAAGAAUAGCAUAAUCGCAUAGAAUGGAUGGGGGCUGUGUCUUUGAAUAAGCUUAGAGCAAUUCUUUCACUGCUGAUCAUGCUUUUGAAUGAACUUAUCACAAAUGAAUUUUCAUAAAUUGAGCUGUAAACAAGCUCUCUGCUUUGGUUAUUAUAGCCAUGCAGUGCUUAAAACUACAUUAGAUCUAGCUAGCUAUAGUGUUGCAAUUCCAUGUAUUAGUAAUUCUUGUCUAACAAAGCGUUUUCAAUGGAAAAUAUCAACUAUUGUGUGAUGGUGGGUUGCCACAAUGCACUAGUAACUGCUGUCAAGAGUGAAGCUUGCUCACUAGCUGAUGCUUUGUUUGAGAAUGGAAUAUUUUCGGAGUGUCAAAAAGAUGAAAUACAAUCUGACAUCCCUCCAAUAGUCAGGGCAAGAAAACUGGUCACCUUUAUUGAGGAUAAAGUGAAGCAUUUUCCAGGGUCCUAUUUCAGUAUCAUCAGUAUUUUCAGAGAUAAAUCCGAGCAUCUUGGAAGCUUGGUCGAGUCACUGGAAGAUGAAAGGACGGAGCUACGAUUGAGAGACGGAGAUGCACAGUCUCAGCUGACGUAUGUGUCUCGAUUAUCAGAAGAUGAAGUGCACGACCUCAUUCGAUUGGAGUGCCAAUGUGGCAAGUGUGCGAUAGAAGAAUUUGUGGCUGGCAAGGAUUGCAGAAAAUCUUCUCAAAAGUCUGUGCCAAGACUCAGGAUCAUAACAUUUGAUUUGAGCUAUAAAAUGCUGAAUAGGCAAGAAAUGCGAUUUUCUGAUUACAAGCAUUAUCUGAAAGAACAAGACAAUGCGAUCCGUACGGAGUAUACUUCUCUUUUGUUAAACACAAUGCGAGAAUUGAAAACGAAACAUUCUUUGGAAAUUGCUAAGCAACGAGUACGUUCGCUGCUCGCACCGAAAGAUACGCUCGGAUCCCAAUAUAAACGAAUGUACAAGCGAGGAUUUGACAAGCGGUUGAGAGAUGUGCAAACAUACGAGGAACUUCAGAACUUUAUUGAGCAGUUUUGCUCCUGGUUCAAUAUCGACUUCAUUGCUGAUCUCAGGAAAGCACUUCUAGGUUAUGAUUCACAAGAUCCUGUCAUAAUAACUUACAAAGAGCAUUUGGUGAGAUAUCUACAGCGAUGUUGCUUUCAACUGACAGUAUUUGAUCCAGAAGGGCAAACGGAGCACAUUGAAAUUAUUUGUAAAAUGUCGACCGACUUUCACGAGAUAAAAGAGGAACAACUUGACAUCUUUGAACACAGACUCAGACAGGGCAUCUCUAUUCCAGUAUCUAAGAGAAGAAUUGCCGAGUCUGGUCAAGAGAUGAUAUUUUGUUUAAGAGAGCCACUUUCUCCAGCAACCACUAAAAAGCCCGAAGUCUUAGUAAACGUUGAUCAUCUCAAUCUUACUUACAAGGCAUUACAUGUUGCAAUCCCAUCUAAAAAUAAGUCCUUAUUCAAGUUUAUUCUUGUAUUCAUUGUCUUGAUCCUUAUCACUUGUGUACACGGGUUGAGUUUUGUCCCUGCUUACCAAACUAAAUCUCUUGGCUCAGUGAGAAUCCUCCCAGAAGAGAAUGUGGCACUUUCCAAAUAUAGUGUAUCUACGAACUGGUUUGCGGAUGAAAAAAUCUUUUUCACAAAACUUCCAUUGAGUGAUAACAGCUUAAUCACCAUCCAUGUUCGAAGGAACGGACCUCAAGACAAAGAAGUUACUAACUGCACUAUCUCGAGUAGUAACCAUAGUUGCUCAAUCCCACUGGCAGUGUUGUCCAAUGAAGUGUCCGUGAGCAUCUUCGCUUACUCAACUAGUUCAUCACUGCCUGUCAUUGAAUACGGGGGGGUAUAUGCAUACGUGCCAAUACGAGCCUAUCUAAUUUUAGGAAUUUUAGCUGUUUCGUAUUUUGUUGUUGGUUUCAUCAUAUAUAGUGCAUUAUGCGCAUUGUUUAAGAAGAAUUGUCUGAUUUGCUUCUUUAUCUAUAUGGUAGUGAAUUGUAUUCAUUGUGUUAUUUGCUUUGUGAUUAUUUUUAAUCCUUUGUCUCUUCCUUUAUAAAUUAAAAAAAAUAUCUAUGAUCAUAA